UCAGUAAAGCCAGAAACCUUCUGCAGUCUCUGACAGGAAACGCAGUUGCUUGCUUGCAGGAGAGUGUUUCUAUGGAAACCCAAGCAGGUGAGGGCCUGAACAGGAAGAGAAGUAUAGACUCCGCUGGCAAACACAGGGGGUGGAGACAGGGGAAUGAGGUCAAUGCACGAAAACGCCUGCCACAUGAAACAUGUGCCCUCGUACUGGAAGCAACUCUACCUUGUUUAUAUUUUGCUAGUUUGCCGGUAAAUAGUUCAAACUCUGAGUUAAGUCACUGGUUCGAUGUUCCGUCUAUGCUAGCAUGAGUAAACAAAGGAAGCAGCACUACGUGCAAGCCAGAGAAGUUCACAGUUAAGACGGCAAGGUUGUCCAGCUGUCUGGAAUUAAGGAUCAUUAGCAUUCCAACUAUCUAAGUAAGCUUCUGUUAAAGAUUUGGCUGCUCUUUUUGGAGACGGACUACCUCUUUGUACAAAUCAAAACACCUCAUCAGCAACGAUGCCGAUCUUAAAGCAGCUAGUGUCAUCCUCAUCGCAGACCAAGCGUCGUUCACGUAUGGACCUUACCAGGGAGAUGAUCAGCGCUCCUUUAGGUGACUUUCGCCAUACCAUGCAUGUAGGACGCAGUGGUGAUGCUUUUGGAGACACCUCCUUUCUCAGCACACGCUCGGGCGAACCUCCCCCUGAGACCACAUCCUUCCCUCGCUCUCCCCGGCCUGGUCUCCUGUCACGCACGUUCAGGAGCAGCAAGCGCUCCCAGUCAGUGACCAGGAUGGACCAACAGAGAGACAACCACCUGGCUGUCCCUGGAGAGUCUCCGACAUAUGUGAAGAACGCCAUGUCUCUGCCCUUUCUCAAUGAUGAAGACAGAGAGGACAGUAUCGUAGCAAAGAGUUUGUCUUCGAGUCCAUUAAAGCACUUAGAUGGGAGCAGUGCAGCUGCAACUGCUCACUUCCUGGAGCUAGAAGAACGAAGCUUUGGUGAGCUGACUGAGCUGCCACAGAGCUCUCAUCACUACGGAGGUGGAAUGAAGCAUGCAGAGUCAGUUAUGUCGUUCCAUGUUGACCUGGGACCCUCUAUGCUGGGUGACAUCCUGGGUGUGAUGGAGAAGGAGGAAGAUGAUCUUGGCUAUGAGGAGGGAAAGAGUAGUGAAGGCCACGCCUCGCCGCCUCUCAGCAGCCACGGCGAGGAAGAAGAUAGCGAACACAGGGUAAAAGAUGAUGACCCAGAGGAGCAGAUGGAGGCAGAUGAAGAAGUGGCAGCACUGGAGCAGCAGGCCUCCCUGCUUCCAGCCAGCUCUGUGGAGCCAGAAGAUGCAGGGCCUUACACCCCAGAGUACACUCCUGAGAUGCGGCUCAAACACUUGCAGCACUUGGACAGCUGCUCCGUGUCAAGCUCCGGCUCUGCUGCUCUGGAUGAGAAGCCUAACAGCCACACAUACGCAGGUGAUACAGACAGCGCCACUUUUAGUGCUCCGCCAGAGGAGGAGAGCAACUUCUCCUCUUUUUUGGAGGAUGAAGACGAUGAGAUUCAUGUAUGAAAUUCCAAAAUUGUCUGAAGAAAAAAGUUCUGGAAGUGCUUUAUGUGAAAUUGACAAUCCUUUGACAGAGUGGAUUUGCACUUCAGCAGGAAAAAAAUACUGUUUGGGAACUAGGGGAAUGAAAUUGCGAAGAGAGGAUUCUUGUGUUGUAGGGCAACAAAGAAAGUGUGACUACUCCCUUAGGAUGAGCUCAAACUCCCUCUGUCAGAGAGCCUUACUCUCCACUUUCUGUUUAUCAGUCGAAGAGUCUCUCCCUCUCUCUGUUUUGAACAAAGAGGGAACCGAGAUGGAAUGGCAGACACUUUCUGAAUAUGGAACAUUCCAGAGGAAGGCAGGGAGUAUUGGUUAGAAAAAAAAAACUUUUGCAGGAAAAACACUUUCUACAACAAAAACUCACUUCACACGUUCUCUCCGCUCACUUGUCACAUGUGCUUUUUUUCAUUUGUUCCGCCUCUUCUUUGUGCUGUGCUCUCUCUCUCUCUCUCUCUCUCUCUCUCUCUCUCUCUCUCUCUCUCUCUCUCUCUCUCUCUCUCUCUCUCUCUCUCUCUCUCUCUCUCUCUCUCUCUCUCUCUCUCUUCUCUCUCUCUCUCUCUCUCUCUCUCUCUCUCUCUCUCCCUCUCCCUCUCCCUCCCUCUCUCUCUCUCUGGCUGUGGGACAUCAUGAGGCCUGAGGCGAACAGAAAACCUCUGUCACAACAGGAUCACUGUGGGUAUCUUGUCACAAUAAAGGGAGCAGUGUUUGUGACUGGCGUGUGAAACCCUGCACUGGGCCUCUUUCAUGUGAAAAUAUUAUAACAGUGCCAUAGAUCUGUCACAGAUUUCUCCCUUUUGUUGUCCGUUAUAUAACUCAGGGUCCUUGUGACGUUGCUGAGAGGCUGCCAUUUCCUGCUGCUGUAAAGCUGGACUACAUGGCCCCGAACCAAAACGAUCUUAUUUUCUUUCCAUCUUGUUUUGUGUUUUCAGAGCCACGCAUGCUUCACUUCAGUCAGUUAGAGAAAAGCUCUCAUGGCUUACGGCGAUGAAUUUGGUAACUAUCCAGCGUGGUGUUACUCUAGGAAAGAGGUGUGAAGAGUACCGUGUGGUACCCUACACACACACACAUUAGCCUCUUUAUCUCUCUUCCACUGAUUCCCUUUUCAAUGUUAAAGUAUAAAAGAAAACAAACUGUCGUUCUCCCUUCUACUUAUCUUCUGUUUGAAGCUGAAACUGAAAAGAAUUUGAAAACCACUUCCUUCCUUGUUUUUUUGGAUAUCCGAGUAACUGCAGUGGUGCAACUGAACCAUUUAAAUAAUGCUGAUACUUACUAGUCAAGGAGCUGCCUUUAUGGAAAAACUGUGUCUACUACUAAAUACGAGUAUGGCUUUAAAUUAUAUACGGCCGAAAAAAAGCGAAGAAGCUGGCACAAGUAAACCAGACACUACUAGUAUUUGCUGUUUAGUACCUGUUGUUGUUUUUUUAAUCUCUGCUAAAACUAAAUCACUGUUGUGUUAUGCCUGAAGAGUGGAUGAAAACGAUGACACAGCCAGCAAUGGAAAGCAACAGCAUUUAGAAAAGGUUGCUUUUUUUUGUUCAAGUUGCAUAGUCAUUGCAGCUCGACUGUAUGUCUUGCAUCAUUAAAAGUCAUGGCCAGAAGUAUUGAGGCUUAGUCACGGUGAUUGAUUUUCCUGCCUUAACUGAAACCGACACGUGUGCCAAAUUAUAAUUUUCCGGCCAAAAAAUAGUUUUUAUUUGUGAAACUCACUUUUGGGAUGAAAAACUCCUUGCAUGUCAUUUUCUUCUUUGUCUUGGUAGUCACUGUUGAAUACAGAUUAAGACUGGGUUUUGUCUCACAGGUUGAAAGAAAAAAAAUAAAUACAGGUUUGAGGUAAUAAGUGGAAAAUAAUUAAUUUGAUAGCUGGGUAUUUAUUACUCGCACACUACAUGAUAUAUUCAGGUAAAUUCAGAGGUUACCUUUGUGUGAAUGAGAAGUUGUCUGUGUUCCCUCUGUCAUUUGUUUAUUAUGGGUUACUAUUGUCUACUUCACUGUAUGUUUAUGGUCUUUUUUUAAAUAAUCCAAAAUAACAUAUUUUUCAAUAAAAGUAAGCCUUAAUAUCUUUA